AUGGUGGUCAUUGAAGAGCAUCGUGCAAGUCUCGAGCUUCCAGAUGGUCCCGUCGAUGAUGACGGCGAGGGCAGUGAGCGCGCGGAGAACGACAGGAGCCACGUGGAGGAUGUGAUGGCGUUCCUGGACGCCACCGCGCACCUGGAUUCCUCCUCCGAGGGCGUGCCAUCUCCAAGGUUACCGGGCCUCGAGCGGCAGGAGCAGGCAACCCCAGCCCCGGCCAAGACUGCCCCGGCCCGGCACAGUGAUUACCUGCGCCAGGCCUUGGACUCCCUGUCCAGGGCGCAUCGCGCCUUGUGCACCAUCACCUCAGAUGUCAGCAUUGAGAACUUAGAGCGCCUGCAUUCAGUGCGCCGAUCUUUGCAGGAAGACUUGGAGGUGGCUUCUUCCUGCACUGUGGAUGAACGCCUGCAGGUGGUGUUGAAGCUCCACAGCCAGGCCUUGGAAGACUGCAAGCUCGCGGAGGAGAAGCGCGAGACGGAGAAGCCUGAAGUCAUCAUGCUGCGGCGUUCCAUCGCAGAGAUCCACCGCCGAACCCCGAAAACGAACAAGUCCAAAGAGGACCAUUCAGAAGGCCAAAGGUCCUCUCACCUCCAGGCGCUGAAGGAGGCUCUGGCGCUGCGCUCGCGACAGGCGGAGGUGGCCAAGGUGGCGCUACUCUCGGAGGACACCUUGCUGUCUGCUAACCUCAGUGUAGCCAAGAACGCGCUACGGGAGGCGGUGAUGGAAGGCCAGCGCCUGGAGGAGAUGCGCGACGAGGCGGCGGCCGAGGUGCAGAGCGCCUGCAAAGCGCUGGCACAGCUGUCCAAUACGCAGGGGGAAGACCGGCGGAUGAUGCACGAGAAGGCCAAGGAGUUGGAGACCUUUCUUCGGGGCCCAGUAGCACCCUGGCGCCUCAGCGCGCUGCACCAGCCGACAGGAUCGUUGGGCACCACAUCGCUGCUCGAUCCAGAGGAGUACCGCGUGAAUCGGGAGAAUGCAACUGCUCAGGCGGACAAAGAUUUAGCCGCCGCCAUGGAGGUGCACAGUAGCACCCGGGAGCAGCUGAGAAAGUCAUUGCAGGAGGAGGCGCAGCGCCAGAAGGACGAGGAGGUGCACUUUGCGGAAGAGCUGCAGAGCUUGCGAGAGCACUUAGUUUCGCGGCGGCACAGCGUUGACACGGCCCUCGCCUCCCAAAUGACGGAGAAGGAUUUGAGGCUCCAGGAGGCACAAAGGCAGCUAACCCUGGAGUUACGCCAGAUCGAGGCACAAGAGCGCAGCAACCAGGACAACUUGCGGCAAGAGGUGCGCCGGGCGAGGCAGCGCUUGGAACAAGCUUCUGCCACCGCGAAGCAAGAGCUGGACAGACACCUUGCCCAGGUGAAGGCAGACUGCCGGGAAAAGCUCCGCAGCACCACUAUCCAAUGGGAGCGCGCGGUGCUGCAGGAGCGCAAGGCGCUCAAGGAGGUGAAGCAGCGCAAGGAUAAGUGGCAGCGGCGCCUGGAGCUCACGAGGAACGCCUUCCGCGGGCACUGCGUCAAGACUGGCGUGUAUGCUCGCUCUGUGGAUGCUGGCCGGCGGGCCUUUCUGGACCGCCUGAUCCCUCGCGAGAAGGUGGAGCUGCCUGGCAACAACCCCAAGCCAGUGACAGACCCCGCGGGAUAA